AGUUAGGCCUUGUUUCAUCUGUUAGAUUCUUUUGUGGUUGGCAUGUUUUCAAAGACCUCAACCUCAAAACAAAUUUCAGGAGGUUAAAGAUAGAGUGAAGCCCUUUGAAUGCUGCAAUUAAAUGUCAAAGGACAAUUUCCUCUAAUGUACUUAUAAUGCAGACAUACCGCUACAUGCUAUACUAAGUUUCCUUUUCAGGUCUUCAACAGCUAUACUAAGUUAUGAAGUAAGUGUCAUACCAAGAUUCAACUUCCUGCCAUUUUCUUGGAGAGGAUUAUCAGGUCAGAUCUCCCAGUAAAUCUUCAAGCCUUGUCCUGUAGAGCUGAAAACAGUUAUCAAGGUGAUCGGAGUGUUUCCCUCACUUUUGCUGAUACCAAAGAAGAACCCGGUUCUUCCCUUAUUUCCUCUAAGAGAGAUAUUGAUAGUGUCAUAUCGCAUGAGAAUAUAUCUUCCAGUGACAAAUUAAAGGACAAGUUUGUCAAAGCCACUUUUGGCCCGUUGGCACCAGCUACAUGUGAUGCGAGUAAUAAUUGGGGAAUAUUUGGGAAAGAUUGCAGACUUGACAAGCCAUGUGUGGUGGAUGAGGUCCAUCUCUGAAGAUUUGAUGGCCUACUGUAUUACAGUAAAAGCUCCAGUCCGUGAAGUAUGGAAUGUCUUGACUUCUUAUGAAAGUCUUCCUGAGAUAGUUCCAAAUUUAGCAAUCAGUAAGAUCUUAUCACGAGACAACAACAAAGUUCGCACUCUUCAGGAAGGAUGCAAGGGUCUUCUAUACAUGGUACUCCAUGCACAUGUCGUUCUAGACUUAUCGGAACAUAUAGAACAAGAAAUUAGCUUUGAGCAGGUGGAAGGAGACUUCGAUUUUUUUCAAGGAAAAUGGAUGUUAGAGCAAUUAGGCAGUCAUCAUACCCUAUUGAAGUACACACUGGAGUCAAAAAUGCACAAGAAUUCAUUUCUUUCUGAAGCAAUUAUGGAAGAGGUCAUAUAUGAGGACCUUCCCUCAAACUUAUGUGCAAUCCGAGAUUACAUUGAGAAAAGAGAGACAGAGAAACCACUUGAGAAAUUUAACCAUGAUCUAUGCAGAGAGGCAUCUGUUAGUUCAUCAAUCAAGGAUUCAUCUGUUUAUUAUGAUAGGCCAGCUGGACAGAAUUCAGAAAGUAGUAGUUUAUAUUCACCUAGACAAAGACCGAAGGUUCGGGGGCUGCAGAGGGAUAUUGAAGUUCUCAAAGUUGAGCUCUUGGCUUUUAUAUCUGAACAUGGACAGGAAGGAUUUAUGCCUAUGAGAAAGCAACUCAGGAAACAUGAAAGAGUGGAUACUGAAAAGGCGAUUACACGCAUGGGAGGUUUUAGAAGAAUAGCUUCAUUGAUGGAUCUCUCUCUUGCUUACAAACACCGCAAACCGAAAGGUUAUUGGGAUAACUUGGAAAACUUACAAGAGGAGAUCAGUCGCUUCCAGAAGAAUUGGGGAAUGGAUCCAUCAUAUAUGCCCAGUAGAAAAUCAUUUGAACGUGCAGGUCGCUAUGAUAUUGCUCGUGCAUUAGAAAAAUGGGGUGGCCUUCAUGAAGUUUCGCGUCUUCUAACACUUAAGGCAUCCAAACAGACAAGCAAGCCUUGCCAAAGAGAAGAAAGUUGAAUUGUUAGCUAAUGAUGUAAAUUGUGAAACCAUAUUGUCUAAACCGUUUGUUGCACAAGAUGCAAAAAGAUGGCUCAUGAAACUCAAGGACUUGGACAUAAAUUAGGUGGAAUGAGUAUUGAAUUUUGUUUCACUAUA